AUUCGACCUUGCUCAGACCUGCACCUGGAAGGUGGAAAGUACUCAAGACCCAACUGCUGAAGUGGUUAUAUAUCAGACCUGAAUACGUAGAUAUGGUGUCUAUACAGUUAUUCUAAAAAUUACACGGUGAAAAAUAUCUGGCACCAAUUCUGGCCCAGUCAUUUGUGAUCCAUGGCUCUUGUGAUAUGCCGAAGAUUUCCAGGCAGUUUCUGUGGAACGCCUCCCCGUCCAGCUCUAAUCAAGCACCAGAUAAACAAGAAAUUGUCUGGUCAAACCUGUGAGGACUGUGUUCUGACUGCUAAAACGAUCCAUUCUGACAUCAGAAUGGCAGCCACUCUCAAGUUGUUAAAACCUUUAGGAUAUCGAGCGUUUUGCAGUCCUUUUGUCUACGGUUUAACCCAAAGUGUGACAUAUUGGAAUGUAGGAAGCUGCACACAGCACAGGGAACAGGACCCUCCACACCACAGUAGGCUCCGCCAACCCGCUAAAAAAGUUGAAAACAUUCAUAGCAUUUCCUCUUCUCGGAGGAUCCUCACAACCAGCAGUGCCCUCCUGGGUUUGGAAUUCAGCAGGGAUUCUGCCUCUGAGGCCAGCAACUUGACACCAGACUCACCCAAGGCCAUGAGAGAUGAUGAAGAGGAUGUAGAAGUUUUUGAUACCUUUGGAAACCCCCGAGUUUUCCUACAGCUAAGAUCAGAGUACCAACUUCACAGCUAUAACAAAUCUGAGACUUGUCAGCCCCUGUCUGUUUCAGAAGGUGAACUGAUACUGCAUAAAGUCACAGUUUAUCAAGAUAAUCUCCAGCCUCAAACCAUUGCUGAUUAUUUCUGUAAGCUGAGCACUUUGCCUGCUGAGCAGCAUCCUCUUUUGCUCUCCAGGGCCAGCUUUGCUUUGCUCUGCCAGCUGAGUGUGAAAAACAUACAGCUCUUUGAUGCCCCUCAACUGAUCAGUAUUUUGAAAGCCUUUAUCAAUUUAGGCGUCCCUCCUUCCCAUUCAAUGCUAGAUGUGUAUGAAACCAGAUUUUGCCGUAAUGUGUGGGAGAUGAAUCUGGAUCAGCUUCUCUUGGUGGCUGACCUCUGGCGGUACUUGGGCCGCAAAGUACCUCAGUUUUUAAAAAUAUUCUAUAGUUAUCUUAAUUUGCACUGGAAAGAUCUAUCCUUUACCCAGCUGAUUCACUUAAUUUACAUUAUAGGUGAAAGUCGUCAGGUACCCCAGGACCUAAUGCAAAAACUAGAAUCGUUGAUUCUCAAGUAUAUAGAUUUGAUCAAUUUAGAGGAGAUUGGUACAGUCUGUUUGGGGUUCUUUAAAUCAAGUAGUAAUCUUUCUGAGUAUGUCAUGUGGAAAAUUGGAGACUUGGCUUGUGCUGACAUGCAGCAUCUGAGUAGUUAUGCCUUAGUGAAUAUUCUCAAAAUGUUCCGUUUCACUCAUGUGAAUCAUGUAAAUUUCAUGAAGCAAUUUGGACAGAUUGCUCCUCAGCGAAUUCCUUCCCUGGGAGUUCAAGGUGUCAUGCAUCUGACUCUUGCAUGCUCGUCAUUACGCUUCUUGGAUGAAGGGGUAAUGAAUGCUGUGGCUGCUUCUUUGCCUCCUAGGGUAGCAUAUUGUCGAAGUAAAGAUGUUGCCAAGAUUCUCUGGUCAUUUGGAACCCUAAAUUAUAAGCCACCCAAUACAGAAGAGUUUUAUUCUAGCCUGAUAAAUGAGAUUCACAGAAAAAUGCCUGAGUUUGACCACUUCCCAGAACACCUGCUCACCUCCCUGCUGGGCCUGGCAUUUUCUGAGUACUUUCCAAUAGAGCUCAUCAAUUUAGCUUUGAGUCCAGGGUUCAUCAGGUUAGCUCAGGAGAGAACUAAGUUUGAACUCACUAAGGAGCUGUAUACUCUUGAUGGUACAGUUGGCAUCGAGUGUCCAGAUUACAGAGGCAAUCGUCUUAGUUCUCACCUUCAACAAGAGGCGGCAAAAACAAUGUGGAAACUAGCAAGCAAGGAUAUGUGCUCAAAGCCUGAAUUUCUAGAAGCUCUCUUUCUGCUCGAGACCAUGUUGGGUGGGCCCCAGUACAUUAAACACCAUAUGAUUUUGCCUCAUACCCGAUCUUCUGACUUAGAAGUCCAGCUUGAUGUUAACAUGAAGCCAUUACCAUUUAACAGAGAAGCUUUAUCAAUGAAAGAUAUGGCCAAAUUAAGGCUUAAACAUGUGGGAGUCACUCUUACAGAUGAUUUGAUGAGUCAGCUACUCAAAGGGAAAUCGAGAAGGCAUUUCCAGGGGGAAAUUGAGUCAGAAACUGGGCAGCAGCCGACAGAAUUAGAGAAGGCAGCCAUACCCUUAGGAGACUCCCUUUGCAAUGUGGCAGAUAGACUGGAGGCCACAGGGAUGGCUGGCCUGUGUCCCCCAGCCUGUGUCCCCCAGCCUGUCCCCCAGGCCCCAUGUGUGAAGCUGGCUAUUCAGUUAACAAACAAGAACCAGUAUUGCUAUGGUUCCAGGGAUCUGCUUGGACUGCACCAGAUGAAGAGACGGCAGUUGAAUAAGGUUGGGUACCACGUGGUAGAGUUACCCUACUGGGAAUGGCUCCCACUACUGAAACGAGCUCAUGUAGAAAAGCUGGCAUUCCUCCACGAGAAAGUGUUCACCUCUCUUCUCUGAAGGACCUUCAGGGACAUUUCUAUUCAUAAAUGCUGUAACCUGUACCAGAUGUUGUGAAACAGUUAUAAAAGCUAGAGUACAGGUUUACUAAUAAAAUCAUUUGUAGAGACUUCAGUCUUGUCUGUGGCAGAUCAAAGCUAGUGUGUGUUACUGUGAAUUGUAACCUGGUCCAUUUGUACAAGUUACUGCUAAUUGGUGCAGGUAAAUAAUAAACAUCUUAAUAUCCUAUUUUCAA